CAGCAGCCCUCAGCUGCUCGGCAUUCCGCUGGAGCUCUCAGGCGCACGGCGGCCGCAGUCCCGCUCCAGACCCGACACUUGAGGAGAAAAGUUGCCCCGCAGCUUUGAUGGUCGGCGCCCUGCUGGAAUGGUUUACUUUUUGUCAAGCACUUUUUGUGAACUCUAAGAGGAGGCGGUUUAUUUCCUAUUAAAAGGAACAAGCCUUCAUUUUUCCCAAACACUAUAAGUACAGUCGGUGCACCAUGGUGAUCAUGACGGAGACGAGCAGCGGUGCUCACACCAGCCCUGCCCAGCAGAGGCCCCUGCAGGUCGGCUUCUACGAAAUCAUCCGGACCCUGGGGAAAGGAAACUUCGCAGUGGUGAAACUGGCCAGACACAAAGUCACCAAGACGCAGGUGGCCAUAAAGAUAAUAGACAAGACCCGGCUGAAUCCCUCCAACUUGGAGAAGAUUUACAGAGAAGUCCAGAUAAUGAAGCUGCUGAACCACCCUCAUAUUAUCAAACUCUACCAGGUCAUGGAGACCAAAGACAUGCUGUACAUCGUGACGGAGUAUGCAAAGAACGGAGAGAUGUUUGACUACCUGACCUCAAAUGGCCGCAUGAGUGAAGACGAGGCCCGGAAGAAGUUCUGGCAGAUCCUCACGGCGGUGGACUACUGCCAUCGGCACCACAUCGUUCACCGCGACCUGAAAACCGAGAACCUGCUGCUGGACGCCAACAUGAACAUCAAACUGGCUGACUUUGGAUUCGGAAACUUCUACAACGCAGGCGAGCCUUUGUCCACGUGGUGCGGCAGCCCGCCUUACGCCGCCCCGGAAGUGUUCGAGGGGAAGGAGUACGAGGGACCCCAGCUGGACAUCUGGAGCCUCGGGGUCGUCCUCUACGUUCUUGUUUGCGGCUCUCUCCCGUUCGACGGGCCGAGCCUCCCCACGCUCAGACAAAGAGUCACGGAGGGACGUUUCCGAAUCCCCUUCUUCAUGUCCGAAGACUGUGAAAACCUGAUCCGUAAGAUGCUGGUGGUGGACCCGGCCAAGAGGAUCUCCGUGGCCCAGAUCAAGCAGCACCGCUGGAUGCAGGCGGACCCCACGGCGGCCCAGCAGACCCUCUGCCGCUCCAUCACCGAGUACAACUCCAACCUGGGAGACUACAGCGAACCCGUGCUGGGCAUCAUGAACACGCUGGGCAUCGACCGCCAGAGAACCAUCGAGUCUCUGCAGAGCAGCAGCUACAACCACUUCUCCGCCAUCUACUACCUGCUGCUGGAGCGGGUGAGGGAGCACCGCGGCCAGCAGCUCAGCCGUCAGUGCGGGACCUGGAGCCAGCGGCCCCGGAGCACCAGCGACUCCACCGGCUCAGAGGUGAUCAUGAAGACGGCCGACAGUUUCAGACCCGUGUCGUUUUCCCUCCCGGCCAAAACCGCUGCCCCCGUGUACCCGGAGGUGGAGUGCGACCAGGGCGGGUUGUUCCAGCGCGUGGUGUUCCCGGUGGAGGCCAGCCUGAACCGGCUGCUCUGGAACCGCUCCAUCUCCCCCAACAGCCUGCUGGAGACCAGCAUCAGCGAGGAGGUGCGGCCCCGAGACCUGGAGGAGGAGGAGGCCACGCAGACCCUCGGGCCCCUGCACCCCCCCACCACCACCUCCCGCAGACACACCCUGGCCGAGGUCUCCGCCCGCUUCCACCAGUGCAACCCCCCAUGUAUUGUGGUUAGCCCCUCGGACGGAGCCUCCUCGGACAGCUGUCUGAAGUCCUCGUCCAGCCCCGCCCCCACCCUACAAGCUGUCAUGGGCGAGAUGUCGACGCUGGUGGUGUCGGAGGCUGGAGGUCUGCUGCCUGCUGGAGGUCCUCUAACCCUCUCCUCGCACCUCCUGCCCCAGGCUCAGGGCAGCCUGCCCACCGCCAGCUUCCAGGAGGGCCGCCGGGCCUCCGACACCUCGCUCACACAAGGCCUCAAAGCAUUCCGCCAACAACUGAGGAAAAACACGCGCACGAAAGGGCUUCUGGGAUUAAAUAAGAUCAAGGGUCUGACCAGGCAGUCCGCCUCUCCGCCCUCCUGUAACCGCGGCAGCCGGGGGUCACUGGGUCCGGCCUUCUCUGAGCACCGCAGCAUGCUGGAGGAGGUGCUCCACCAGCAAAGGAUGCUACAGAUUCAGCACCAACCGCAGCCUCAGGUCCAAGCCGCUCAGACGGGACCAGCCCAGAAUCCCCUGCUCUUCCUGGCGCAGCAGCAGCAGUCCUCGCCACCUCCAGCCACCUCCCUGUUCACCGCCCCCUCCAUGUUCGACGCGGCCGCCCAGCCCGCCCAGCCUCCUCAGCCGCGGGCCUCGGCCGGCCUGCCGUGGCACCAGACGCUGGACAGUCCGUACUCCGGCUGCUCCUCCUUCUCCUCGCUGUCGCCCGUGGCGUCCGCCGCCUACCUCCUGGAGGCGCGCCUGCACAUCAGCCAGCACCCCCGCCCUUACCCGUACUCCGGCCUCCAGCAUCCCGCCGCCCACGCCGCCCCGUCCAGACCCACCGUGUGGGGCAGGAGCCCGGCGGCCGACCCCAACGCCCCGGAGCUGGGCCUGGUGGGGCAGCAGCAGCUCAGCAGCUGCGUGAUGGUGAAGUAAUGCCAUCGCCGCCGCCGCCACCACCACGGACACAGUUCAUAGGAAAGGUGUGCAAACCGGGCAAUAAACCCGGCGGAAACGAGCACAACGGAGGACGAUCGAGCAGCAGAUGCAAGUGACACAUUUAUUUAACAUGAGGUACACACGUGAGGAUGUGUGCACAGAUAUGCGUUUGUUUCGUGUUUGUUUUGGAGAUAUAUAAGCUAACGACUAAGCAAUAACCAAACUCUGGACGAGGCGUCGAAUUCGUGUCCGAGGUCCAGAAAAAGCAAUAAUAGACUGAAAGACUCUUCCAGCUUCCUGAUGGACUCACUUGAAUGAAACUGGAGCGGACGUUAGCCGAGACAUUUGCUCCUCACGAUGCCGUCUAAGUCAACUUCAGCCCCCCCACCUCCCGUCAGCUCUUCUCUUUCUUUCACGGAUGUUUUAUAUUGUUUUUUGCUUGAACAGAUGAGACCAAAAUUCCUCCUUUAUUCAUGUUUCUCCCACUUUGUUCGCCUUCCUGAAGAGACAUUUCUCUGUAGCAGCGAGCCCCCCCCCCGAGCUCACAAGUGUUCCCCUGAGGACUCAGAUUUACGUUGAAACUGUGACAUUUUUCCUUUUUUCUUCCUCCGUUCAAGAUUAUUUUAGCUGCUCAACGCUGCUUUUUUACCUCAAGCUUCAAAAAGACGUGCUACAUCCUCUUCAGCCAAAACUGAAUCGCGGGUUUGGUACGUCAGUCGGCUCGGCGGCUUCACGUUAGACUCCUUUACUACCUCCUCAGGCAACGAGGUCCAAAUCUGGGAGGUUUUAGCCCAAACUCCAAACCAACGAUACAUCAGCACCAUUUAUUACGACUGAACAAAGACUGGGAACCGUGCAAUACUUUAAAUACGAUGGAAAGAUGAGGCUCCGCCAAGAAUAGUCAGAAUUACAUGUAAAGUUGCCUGAGGGCGCUCCGUUUUGCUUUUACCUUUAAUUUCCUUCGUCGCUCCGCUCGCCAGCCGACCAGAGAAGGUACUAGUCGCCAUGAAACUGUUGUAAAUCUGCAGGAAGGCAUUUCAAAAAUGCUGCAGCGCGCUCGCGGCUCUGGAGCCGAGAGGAAGAGUUUUGGGUUCAACCAAAGCACAAGAGACGGGGGGGGGAUCAAUCGAGGAUACACUACUGAAUACUUUUCACUUUGAAUGCUGUCUGAAGAUGUAGCGCGGCGGUCGGCCUCCAUGUUGGCGUGUUCUCUGUAGGAAAAGCUUCCGCCGCCGCCGCCAUGCUACACCUGUUGUUAAUAUCGCUAGCUGUUGCUGUCAUGGCCACGGUGAUAUUCUUUUGUUUUUUUUUUUACUUUUCUAGAAAAGAACAAGAAAAAAGGAAGCUGAAAAAUAAAUAAAUAAUUCACAACAUAGCAAUACCGUAUAGUGCAGGACGCUGGGUGGAAACGUGUGCAGGCGGGUCAGGUGACGCGACAGCGUUUACUUUCACUAGUUCUCUCAUAUCUGUUAAACAUCUCGACAGAGAGCAGUAUUUUUCCAGGUCGUGUCUUGGAAAGUGUUUAUUUCUUUUUUUUUUUUUGGUUGAUUGGACUCACGACCGACACUUGUGCCUUUACCCGAACAAACUGGCGAUCAGAGCUCUCCGACCCGAGGGAGAAACGGCGGCCGGCUACGUCAGCGGCUGUUCGCCCGGACGCCCCGCCGACGGUCUCUCUGACCUUCGAGCUCACGGUUUAACCAGAAGCAGAAUUUGCACUUUAUUCCUAUUUCUCAUUAAUGUUUUUUUUUGUUUUAUUGGUUUUGUUUCUCAUGAUGAAAAAAAAAAAAAAAAAAAAAACACAUAACUGUUGAAACACUACGGCUCCCGAUGCAAGUCUGCGAGUUGACCCUUUUGAUAAACUUUGGAUAAUAAGAAGUAUUUCAUGUUUUUUUUUUCCUGAUUCGUUACUUGACUGUGUGAGUUUGAGCACAUCUUUGUGUGUGUGCAUGUGUGUGUGUGUGUGUGUGUGUGUGUGUGAGUGUGUGUGUGGGAGGGAGGAACGGAAAGAGGAAAGGAAGGACAGAAUAUUUGUUCACAAAGAUUGUUUAUUUAUGUGGCUAUUUAUUUAAAUAAAGUUCACUUCCUAAACCGUC